AUUUCAUUCUACAACAAACCCAAAGGCCCAACUUACUGAUCAAAAAAACCAGAGCUCGUUAAUAUAAAUUCGAAUUUAAGGUUUUUCUAGUCGCGCUAGGUUUCCGUCUGCAGCUCUCUUCGUCGGCACCGACCUCCCUCAGCGAAAAUGCCGUCACACAAGACCUUCAUGAUCAAGAAGAAGCUGGCCAAGAAGAUGAGGCAGAACCGACCCAUUCCUCAUUGGAUCCGUAUGCGUACCGAUAACACUAUCAGGUACAACGCUAAGCGCAGGCACUGGCGCCGCACCAAGCUCGGAUUCUAAGCUGGACGAGCCUGGCUUUUCUAGCUUUCGUUUAAGCCCUUUAGUUUUUCUCGGUAGGCUUGAGAAAUGUUUAGAUUUAUCAGUAUUGAAACUUCGGAGGAGAUUUUGAUUGAUACUGGGCUGUUAAUUCUGUAGUUUAUUUGGCGUUCAAAAUAUUGUGUUCGACUUAUUGUUUGCUCAAGCAUGUUUUUUAUA